AUGCCUGAUAUCGAGAUGCUCAAAGAUCGAUCCGCCGAAGGGUCGGUCAGUACCGAAAGACUUCCCAUCGUCGACAUCUCACCUUAUCUCGAUCCAUCUUCGAGUGAAGAAGCUCGAAAGGUAGCUAGUCAAACGCUUGACAAAGCAUGCAGGGAGUUUGGUUUCUUCUACGUCACUGGGCACGGACUUGCACCGGAAUAUAUGCAAGAGCUCCUCAAGCUCGGUCACAAGUUCUUUGAACAACCCCAAGAAAAGAAAGAUUCGAUUCACAUUUUCAAGAGUAUGGAUCGAGUUAGGGGUUAUCAAAAGAUCGGUGAGAACGUCACAUAUGCUAAGAGGGAUCAACAAGAGGCUCUUGAUAUCUACCCUGAACCUGAAAAUCCGUCAACAGCACAACUGGAAGGAAGUCAACUCUGGCCUUCAGAAGAUGAUUUACCAGGAUUCAAAGAUACUCUACUUGAUUACACCGAGAAGAUGAAGAAGAUUGGUCAUGCAUUCAUGAGAGCUAUGUGUGAUGCCUUGGGACACAAAGAGAUGUUCGAUCAACUACAAGAUGAUAAUUAUUGGGUUUUAAGAGUUAUCGGUUAUCCACCUUUACCAGAGGAAUACGAUUUAGACAAAGGUAUUUCAUGUGGUGCCCACACUGAUUACGGAUGCUUGACUUUCCUCUUGGCGGAUGAUACCCCAGGGGCUUUACAGGUCGAAUCAAAAGAUGGUAGUUGGAUUCCUGCCGAUCCCGUCCCCGGAGCAUACGUAGUGAAUAUUGGAGAUAUCAUCGAUACUCUGACGGGACAUCAAUACAAAUCGACUUACCACCGGGUCAUUCAUAGAGGAUCAAACUACCGAGUCUCGAUGCCAUUCUUCUUUGAACCUAAGAGAGAUCAGGUUAUCCAGACUUUACCAGGGAUGAUACCCACUGGUGAAAAAGCCGUAGAACCUUUUACGUAUUUCGAUCAUCUCAAGCGAAUGAUCUAUAAUCACUUCGUAUCGAACGACGAGGCUUUGCCCGAAAAACCAAAUGCGAAUGCCCUUACUCAACGAGGUUAA